CUCUAACUUCAAUGCCCAACAUGGGACCGGAUCAAGCCUCAUUCAAAUAAUUAAUCACCACAUCAACCGUAUAAAAAUACAAACCCAGUUCAAAAAAUUCCACCAAUCUUCAUACCAGCGAAAAUCUCCCUUUGCAAAAAAUCCAAAAACCCGAUGGCCAACAUAAGCGGAGAACUCCCCGCCGCCACCGCCACCGCCGCCGCCACCGCCACCGUCACCGCCACCAAUACCGCAGAUGGCGCUGGGAAACGCCUCGGCGCCGCUAUGGCGAAUGGCGUCCAAAAAACGCUCUCCAAGACCUCAGACCUCGCCAACUUCCUCCCCACCGGCACCCUCCUCACCUUCGAAACCCUCCUCCCCACCUUCUACCGCGGCGGCGGCCACGCGUGCACCCACGUCACCACAACCAUGAUCACAGCCCUGCUCUCCCUGUGCUCGCUCUCCUGCUUCGUCUUUCACUUCACGGACAGCUUUCGCACACCGGGCCCGGAAGGGAAGGCCUACUACGGGUUCGUCACGCCCUACGGGCUGAGAGUCAUGCCCGGUAGCGGAGUGCAGGCGCCUACCGACGAGAGGUACAAGCUCCGGGCUUCGGAUGUCGUCCACGCUGUUAUGUCGGCCCUGGUGUUCCUAGCCAUAGCGUUUUCGGACCGCCGGGUCACGGAUUGCUUGUACCCGGGUCAUGAGAAGGAGAUGGAUGAGGUUACGGAAGGGUUUCCUUUGAUGGUCGGGAUUGCUUGUGGUGCGUUGUUUCUUGUGUUUCCUAAGGAGCCUCCUAGGUAUGGCCUUGGGUGCAUGGCUAUUUGA